GAAAAAAUUUAAUGAAAAAUCAACGUUUGAAGUUUAACAAUGGCGGGCUUCCUAGACAAUUUCCGCUGGCCUGAAUGUGAAUGUAUUGACUGGAGUGAGAGAAGAAAUGCAGUGGCAUCUGUAGUAGCAGGCAUACUGUUUUUUACAGGUUGGUGGAUAAUGAUUGAUGCGGCAGUGGUGUAUCCUAAGCCAGAACAGUUGAACCAUGCCUUUCACACAUGUGGUGUAUUUUCCACAUUGGCUUUUUUUAUGAUAAAUGCUGUGUCAAAUGCUCAGGUGAGAGGUGACAGCUAUGAAAGCGGCUGUUUAGGAAGAACAGGUGCUCGCGUUUGGCUUUUCAUUGGCUUCAUGCUGAUGUUUGGGUCACUUAUUGCUUCCAUGUGGAUUCUUUUUGGUGCAUAUGUUACCCAAAAUACGGAUGUUUAUCCAGGACUAGCUGUGUUUUUUCAGAAUGCACUUAUAUUUUUUAGCACUCUGAUAUACAAAUUUGGAAGAACUGAGGAGCUAUGGUCCUGAGAUAACUUCUUAUAUCACAUUUUCUUUUUGUAGUAUUCUAUUUGUAGAUAAGUUUUUAUCUUUAAAUAUAAUUUACACAUUGCCAAAUGGAAUAGAUUGUAUAUUGUUUCCUUUCUCUACAGUUUUUUUUUGCUUUGAGUUUUGAAAUAAUUUUAUGAAAUUUGUCUUUUUUUCAUGAAUAGAUUGUUAAUAUGUACAUAAUAUAGAACUAUAUAUGUAUAUAUUGGAUGUAGAUGGAGUAGCAAUUUUUUAUUCCUGAAAACUUAAAGCUUGAGCUGUUCCCUGAGCCACGGUUGUAUCAUCAUGUUAUUUUACAAUUAACUACUUU